AUGUCUUCGCUUUCUCGUCAAGAUGCCGAAUCCCAAGUGCGCUCCUGGGGCUUCUCUACUGUUUACACGUGGACGGAUGGCCCGGACGCCCACUACCCGCCACACCAGCACAGCGGCCUCACCACGCACCUCAUCCUUUCGGGGGAGUUCACCGUCACCUACCCAACCGAAGAUGCUGGGAAGAAGGAGACAUUCGGACCUGGCGCGCGCAUCGACGUUCCCGGUGGAAAGGUCCAUGAGGUAUGGAUGGGACCGCACGGGUGCACGUACGUGAUUGGGGAAUAA